AUGGCAUCAAACAUAUAUUCCUUUUGCAAACAAAUUCACCCUCCCACUACUGUUGAACAUUGCAUCUAUUGUAAUUUCUACAAUCAUCAAGAACAAAACCUAGUUAUAGCUGGAGCUACUGUUUUACGAAUUUAUAGACUUGUACCUGAAGCAGAUAUUCCAGUUACAGGGGAACCCAAAUUGAAACUAGAAUGUGUUCAAGUAUUUCCUUUGUUUGGCAAUGUCAUGUCAAUGCAGUCCAUACGCCUUGCAGGGUCUCCAAGGCAUGCUUUGCUUCUCAGUUUCAAGGAGGCUAAGCUUUCUCUAGUUGAAUAUGACCCUUCCACUCAUGAUUUGAAAACUUUAUCUCUACACUACUUUGAAGAAGAAGAUAUGAAGGCUGGAGCAAGUCAUCAUCCAUACACCCCUAUUGUGAGGUCGGAUCCGGACGGGCGCUGUGCCGCAAUGGUUGUGUAUGAGAGAAACAUCGUAAUUCUUCCCUUUCGAAAAGAAAACAUCACUGAAGAACAAGAUUCUUCUGUCACUAAUGCCAUUGCCUCAGGAGUAAAGACUCCUGUUUUAGCUUCAUAUACCAUUAAGUUAUCAGAAAUUGAUGAAAAAGUGAACAACAUUAAAGAUCUUCAAUUUUUGCAAGGGUAUUAUGAACCAACUCUGUUAUUGCUGUAUGAACCUUUGAGAACAUGGCCUGGGAGAGUUGCAGUUCGCCAGGAUACAUGUAGCAUUUUAGCUUUGUCUUUAAAUACUACUCAACGUGUUCAUCCUGUCAUUUGGUCUCUGAGUGGUUUGCCAUUUGACUGUCUGUAUGCAAUGGCUGUUCCAAAACCCAUUGGGGGAGUUCUUUUGGUUGCUGUAAACUCGCUGCUUUAUCUUAACCAAAGUGUUCCACCAUAUGGGGUAUCAUUAAAUAGCUUCACAGAUUUCAGUACAUCAUUUCCAUUAAAGCAACAGGAGGGUGUGAAAUUUUCCUUAGAUUGUUCCUCAGCAGCUUUCAUAUCAUAUGAUAAGUUAGUUAUAUCAUUAAAAGGAGGAGAAUUGUAUGUUUUAACUUUAUUCAAUGAUGGAAUGAGAAGUGUGAGAGGAUUCAAUUUCGAUAGGGCUGCAUCAAGUGUAAUUACAACCUGUAUGUGUACUUGUGAGGAAGGAUACUUGUUUCUAGGUUCUCGUCUCGGGAAUUCACUUUUGUUGCGAUAUACAGAAAAAGUCGACAGCAAGGAAAAUGAUCCAAGUAAAGUAGAUAAUGCAGAGCUUUCAAGACAGAAUUCUGAGGAGAAAUCCAAAGAAGAAAGUGCGGAAGAGCCAACUCUUAAAAAGGCCCGACUUGAUAACAUGGAUGACUGGAUGGCAUCGGAUGUUGCCCUAAUCCAAGAUCCGGAGGAGCUUGAAGUGUAUGGUAAUUUAACACAAGCGACAAAACAACUUACAUCAUACACUUUUGAGGUUUGCGACAGUUUGCUGAAUGUUGGGCCGUGCGGUAUAAUAUGCAUGGGAGAACCAGCUUUUCUUUCGGAGGAAUUUUCUGGGAAUGCUGAUCCUGAUUUGGAAUUAGUCACUACUUCAGGCUAUGGGAAAAAUGGAGCACUGUCGGUGCUGCAGAGAUCCAUCCGGCCCCAAGUUGUAACAACAUUCGAACUACCUGGAUGUAUUGAUAUGUGGACUGUGUUUGGAACUGCUGUAGAUUCUGAAAAGUUUCAGCCUAAGUUAGAUGAAGAAAAAGAGGAUUCUAAUGAAGAAAAGACUAAAACACAACCAUUGAAAAACUCUCACGCUUUUUUGAUUCUUAGUCGAACAGAUAGUUCCAUGAUUCUCCAAACUGGACAAGAAAUAAAUGAACUCGAUCAUAGCGGAUUCAGUACCGCUCCCACCAUCUUUGCCGGAAAUAUCGGAAGCGGUCGAUUUAUAGUUCAAGUAUCUCCGAUGGGUGUUCGACUAUUGCAUGGAUCCCGCCAAGUGCAGCACAUUCCUUUAGAUGUCGGGUCACCUGUUGUUUGGGCCUCCGUAUCAGAUCCAUUUGUCAUGAUAAUGAGUGCAGAGGGUUUGGUCAUUCAGUUGAUGUUGAGGGUGGAUGAUUUUGGAGGUGGUGCCAGAUUAGCUGUUUCUAGGCCACAGCUGGCUCAAGUUAAAUCCAAAGUAGCUACAUUGUGUGUUUAUAAAGACAUCAGUGGAGUAUUUACUGUUACACCUAAGCAAGAAAAUGAAGAUUCUAUGCAGGGUUCAAGCCAUUUUGCUCCAAGUGCCAAUGUUCAUGAUUUGAUACAAAUGAAUCCUGAGGCUGUGGAUGAUGAAGAUGCAUUGCUGUAUGGAGAACCAGUUCCUCAUAUUGAAAAACCUAUUGAGGAGGUCAAAGCUCCUGCUAAAAAGUCUCGAGCCAAGAUUGAUGUAAAAGAAAUUAAACCCACGUUUUGGUUAUUCAUUGUGAGAGAAAAUGGUGUUUUAGAGAUUUACAGCUUACCAAACUAUAAGUUGGUGUACUUGGUUAAAAAUUUCUCCAUGGGGCAAAAGUAUCUGGUUGACAGCGGCCAAGCAACAUCAACUUUACCUGGGAUGACUUCUGACAAGACCUCUGAGAAACAACACGAAGCCCUUCCAGUAAUUCACGAGCUACUAGUUGUUGGCCUGGGAAUAAGAUGCUCCAGACCUAUGCUUUUGGCUAGAGCUGAUGAAGAUUUGUUGAUUUACGAAGCUUUUCCAUUCUACGAGUCACUAAUAGAUAACCAUUUGAAGCUAAGAUUUAGAAAGAUAAAUCACAACAUCAUCACUCGAGAGCGCAAGCUGUACAAAUCCAAGAAAGCUGAGCAAGAAGAGCAACCCUCAAGCUAUAAGCGUUACUUACGAUACUUCGUUGAUAUAUCUGGAUAUAGUGGUGUGUUUGUUUGUGGAGUUCAUCCUCACUGGCUGUUCUUGACAGUUCAUGGGGAGUUACGAAUGCAUCCGAUGACUAUCGAUGGACCUGUGAUAUGUUUUGCUCCAUUCCAUAACGUCAACUGUCCUAAAGGCUUCCUUUACUUCAACAAACAGGGUGAGCUCAGGAUAUGCGUAUUACCUACUCACUUGAAUUACGAUGCACCUUGGCCGGUACGCAAAGUACCCCUGCGUUGUACGCCGCACUUCAUCAAUUACCAUCCAGAAACAAAAACUUACUGCAUCGUCACCAGCAAUAUGGAGACGUGUACGAGGCUCGUUCGAUUCAACGGGGAUGAAAAGGAAUUCGAACCCAUCGAAAGAACUGAAGAACGUUACAUGUAUCCUCUGAUCGAAAAGUUUAGUCUGCAGCUCUUUUCUCCCGUCAGUUGGGAAAUGAUCCCAAACACUGUGAUCGAAUUGGAAGAGUGGGAGCAUGUCACCUGUGUGAAGAACGUCAACCUGGCUUCGGAAGGAACAAGGAGUGGCUUGAAAGGUUAUCUUGCAGUCGGGACCAGUUACAGUUAUGGGGAAGAUGUCACGAGUAGAGGACGGAUGAUGAUCCUGGACAUAAUUGAGGUUGUUCCAGAGCCAGGCCAACCGUUAACAAAAAACAAAAUAAAGACUGUUUAUAGUAAAGAGCAGAAAGGUCCGGUAACAGCCAUGUGCCAAGUGUCCGGUUUUCUUUUAAGUGCUAUUGGUCAGAAGCUUUAUAUUUGGCAGUUGAAAGAUAAUGACCUGAUAGGUGUUGCUUUUAUUGAUACACAAAUCUAUAUUCAUUCAGCUAUAUCAUUGAAAAAUUUAAUAAUAGUAGCUGAUAUUUAUAAAUCUAUAUCUCUGCUACGAUACCAAGAAAAUAGCAGAACAUUAUCUCUAGUUAGCAGGGAUGUCAAGCCAUUAGAAGUGUAUGGCAUAGAAUUUCUCAUAGAUAAUUCUCAAGUAGGAUUUUUGGUUUCCGAUGUGGAGAAAAAUCUUGUGAUGUUCAUGUACUGUCCAGAAGCUCGAGAAAGCUUUGGCGGAUCCAAGUUGCUUCGCAAAGCAGAUAUUCACCUCGGUUACCACGUAAACACAUUCUUCCGAAUUCGCUGUAGGCUCGGUGACGUAGCUAAUUAUGACAAAAGACAAGCUGGUAUUCUUGAGAAGAGGCAUGUAACAAUGUAUGCUACUUUAGAUGGUGGUCUUGGUUUCAUCAUGCCUGUUCCAGAAAAGACUUACAGAAGACUACUCAUGUUGCAAAAUGUUUUAGUUACACAUGUUCCUCAUACUGCUGGUCUAAACCCAAAGGGUUUCAGGAUGUACAAAAGCCAUCGCAAACUGCUUCAGAAUCCUCAUAAGAACAUUUUGGAUGGGGAUUUACUGUCCGUGUUUCUGAAUCUUUCCAUAUUGGAAAAAACAGAAGUAGCCAAAAAAAUUGGAACUACAUCUGAUCAGAUAGUGGAAGAUUUACUUGAAAUUGAUGAAAACACUGCAUAUUUUUAAGAUGGAGCUACUAGUGGAAUUGUACAUAUGAACUUUUUUACCACUAUUAUUUAUUUUCAUCGUGUGUGACAUUACAUGUCCAAUAUUUUAUGUUGAUAAAAUAAAUGUUUGAUUUUA